AUGACUACAGAGUUCCCACUACCUCCGAAGUAUAAGAGACAUAUUUCUUUUGAUAACCUCUCGCCAUCGUUAGUCGAUGAUGAAAUUAAGAUCUUAAAACAAAAUAAUCGUUAUAUUGGUUAUAAUAAUAGAUUUUCACAUAUUCCACCUCAGUAUAACCCAUUAUACAAUCAAAACACUAAAGAUGAUCGUACCGAAGAAGAAGAAUUUGAUAGAAGAGAUUCGUUGAAUGAUAGACCUCCAUUGAUUGGAGAGAGUCUCAGUCAGCGAAUCACGCCGGUGAUGGACAAUGAGAAAGGGAUAGAAGUACCGUCUCCUCGUUCAUUAAAUGAAUUCUCUUUGAAACAACCAUCGAUACCUAUCUAUAAGACCUCUUCGAUGAGUAGUAGGAGUGAAUCACCCCUUGAAAGACCGUCAACAACAGGAUCAAAAUUGAAUGUCGGCAAGUUGCCUCCACCACCUGAUAAAUCGAUUCUAAAGAAAAUCAACAGGCAUGUAAGUGAAUCACGACAUAUUGAUAGUAUAGAUAUCGGAGAUAUGACUACAGUAGAAUCUAAGAAUAUGAUUAAAAUUACAAAUAAUAAUACUCAAUAUAAUUCAGGUUCAAAAGCAGGUUAUACUCAAUCAUUAUUUUCUAACCUUAAUGAAGUAGAAGAUAGGAUUCAAAAUAAAAACCGAAGUUUAGGGGAUCUUAAUGAUGGCAUAUCGGGAUCAUCCACAAGAGACCUCAGAAGAAAAUCAUUUGCUAAUAUGAGUGAUGCUGAAUUAGCUGCUUUGGAAAAUUCUUAUAUGAGUCUUGGUAGAUCAACAAAAUCUACGAUGGAUCAAUUUGAUUUUGGGAAACAAAAUCCUGUGUUUUUUGAUAAUAAAAAGGCAAGUACGAUAAAGAUUCCAAAUACCGUAUUGGAUUCUCUUGCAUGCGUUUAUCCAUCAAGGCCCUCAGUGGAUUAUAAAGCAUUAUCCUUAACUAUGGAAAAUGAGAAUUUUCAAAAUUGUGUUAAUUCAGUGCAUAGAAAAUUAAAUAAUAAAUAUAAGGAUGAAAAUGGUUCCUUAAGAGUAGUUUCAUGUUAUGUCUCUGGGAGACGUUUCACUUGGUCCACCGUUGAUUGGUAUAUUGAAAAUUUUGUAAGAGAUGGUGAUCAUUUGGUAAUUAUUACAUGUAUUCCCGAUUUUAAGGAUAAAGUUGAUUCUAAAGUUCAACAUGAAAAAGUUGAAAAGAAGAAAAAAGAAUUAUUAAAUAUUCAUGAAAAAUCUAUUGAACAACCAAAAUCGCAUAGUACUAAAAGUGGGAAAGAAAAAGAAAGACCAUUAUCAAAGGGAAUUUUAUUAGAAGGUGUUUAUGAAGAAGCUAAAAUUGUUGGUAAAAAUCUUUUAGAUUAUUAUGCGGCAAGAUUAUCUCAUAAAAAAGUUAAAAUCACUGUUGAAAUGGUUAAGGAUAAUUCAACAAAAUCAGCUUUAACGAAAGUAGCAGCUCUUUAUAAGCCAAGUGUGCAUAUUGUUGCAACAGUAAGUGCUAAUAUUCAAAUAAAAUUUAGAAAUGGAAAUGUGAAAUUACCGUUUUUUGUGAUGAAACAUUAUACAAUCCCAGUGAUAGUAGUUCCAUUUGAAUUCAUAGAUAGAAAUCUAUUGAUUGAAGGUGCUCCACAUGAAAAAUCUACUGUAACAAAGGAUAAAAGAAUGCAAGUAUUAGAUAAUAUUAUACAAAAGACUUUGAAAAAUCCGUUUCUACAUGAAGAAGAUUUCCAUCAUGAUAAUUAUAAUUUGACCUCAAGUGAUGAUGAAGAAUCUGUAGCCUCUGUGAAUGAUUAUUUCCCAAUUUCACCAGAACAACAGAAAAAAAUUAAUUUGUUUGAACAAUUAGGUUAUAUUUUCCCGUUAUCAACAAGAGAAAAAUUAUUACAAACUAAUGAUGUGGUAUAUGAUCAAGACGGUAAAAAAUUAACACCAACUACCUCUAGAAACUCAAGAAGAAGUUCGAGAGUUCAAUUUCAAGAAUCUGGUUUAUAUAAAGUUAAGUCUAUGAUAGACGGUGUCUUGACUCCUGACGAAGUUCAAGCCAGUAAUAAUUCCAUUAAUAACAAUUCAUUGAAACCAACUUUUAGUGGAUCUCAACCCAUUAGAAAGACUAAAUCUGUCGCCCAGCCCUCAACAAUAGUACGGAAAACUCAUCAUCAUCAUCGUCAUAAUAGUGGAAAUUCCAAAUUUUCUGGUGUUUCUAGUGGUGAAAAACUUCGUGUAAGUCAUUUGUCCAGUAGUUCUAGCCAUGAUAGUUCUUCAAAAUCUAAAACAAAGUCAAAAAUUAAAACUGCAUCAUCGUCAUUAAGUUCUUCAAAGAACAAAAAAGCAGGGAUUGGUUCAAUAUUCAAGAAAUUUUUUUAG